UAGUUUGCCGGUUGUAGCCGUGUUUGAGGUUUGGCGCUGUUAUCUGCGCUUCUUUUCGAUAUUUUACGGUAUAUUUUUAUCCGUUUUCUCCCGUUUUAUCCCCUCACCCUGGAACACUUGGGGAAUCGGUGCAGUCAGUUAGCGGCCACAGCAAUGGCUGAGCGCCGCGCCUUCGCUCAGAAAAUAAGCAGGACUGUAGCUGCGGAGGUGAGGAAGCAGAUCGCUGGUCAGUAUGGAGGUUCCCCUCAACUCCUCAAAAAUCUCCACAUGGGGGGUAAUGCUGCGAGCAACUCGGUGCCAUUGACUGAGGCGGUGGAGCCAGUGGACUUUGAGGAGUAUUUGAUCACUCAUCCACCCAUCAUUGAGUCGGGACCUCUGAGAGACCUCAUUGAGUUUCCUCAAGAUGAUAUUGAAGUCAUUUACACACCCAGGGAGUGCCGGACGCUGGGCCAGGCAGUGCCAGAGGAAGGUGAUAAUGAUGCACAUGUCCGUGACUGUAUCAGAUCCUACACUGAGGAUUGGGCCAUCGUCAACCGCAAGUACCAUAAGCUGGGUACAGGCUUUAACCCAAACACGUUGGACAAGCAGAAGGAGAGGCAGAGAGGUUUACCCAAGCAGGUGUUUGAGUCAGAUGAGCUGCCGGACCCCAGCAGCUAUCAGGACGAUCAGGAUGAUCUGAAGCGCAGGUCCAUGUCCAUAGAUGACACUCCUCGGGGUAGUUGGGCUUGCAGUAUAUUUGACCUGAAGAACUCUCAGCCUGAUGCUCUGCUCCCUCAUCUGCUGGACCGAGUGCCGAAUGAGGAGAUCGACCGGCACAACGAGGAGCAACGCAAAUCCAACAGGCACCGAGAGCUCUUCGCCCUGCACCCGGCACUCGACGAGGAGGAGCCAAUUGAGCGGCACUGUGUUCCUGAUGUUCCAAAAGAGCACUUUGGCCAGAGACUGCUUGUUAAGUGCUUAUCCCUGAAGUUUGAGAUCGAGAUUGAGCCAAUAUUCGCAAGUUUGGCCUUGUAUGAUGUCAAGGAAAAGAAAAAGAUAUCAGAGAACUUUUUCUUUGACCUGAACUCGGAGCAGACCAAAGCCAUGCUGCGUCCUCACAUCCAGACAGCUGCUAUCUCCACCCUGGCCCGCUCCGCCAUCUUCUCCAUCACCUACCCCUCCCAAGAUGUCUUCCUGGUCAUAAAGCUUGAAAAGGUUCUACAGCAGGGGGAUAUAGGAGAAUGUGCAGAGCCUUACAUGGUCUUCAAGGAGUCAGAUGCUGCCAAAAAUAAGGAGAAGCUGGAGAAGCUGCGUGCUCAGUCGGAGCAGUUCUGCCAGAGGCUCGGUCGUUACAGGAUGCCCUUCGCUUGGACCGCCAUCCAUCUGAUGAAUAUAGUCAACAGUGCUGGCAGUCUGGAGAGAGACACCGAGCUGGAAAUGGGCCUGCCAGAGAGGAAGGGUUCCUGGUCUGAGCGGAGGAACUCCAGCAUUGUGGGUCGGCGCUCUUUAGAGAGGACCACCAGUGGGGAUGAGUACUGCAAUCUGACCAGCUUCAGGCCUGCUACACUCACCGUCACCAACUUCUUCAAACAGGAAGGAGAUCGGCUAAGCGAUGAGGAUCUGUAUAAGUUCUUGGCUGACAUGAGGCGGCCCUCUUCAGUGUUGCGCAGACUGAGGCCUAUUACAGCUCAGCUGAAGAUCGACAUCUCUCCUGCACCUGAGAACCCCCACUACUGUUUGACUCCAGAGCUACUUCAGGUCAAGCCUUAUCCAGACACCCGAGUACGGCCCACCAGGGAGAUCUUGGAGUUCCCAGCCAAAGACAUCUAUGUGCCCAACACCACGUACAGGAACCUGCUGUAUGUCAACCCACAGAGUCUGAAUUUCGCUAACCGCCAGGGCUCCGCUCGGAACAUCACAGUGAAGGUGCAGUUUAUGAACGGGGAGGACCCCAGCAAUGCCAUGCCUGUGAUCUUCGGUAAAUCCAGCUGUGGAGAGUUUUCAAAAGAGGCAUACACUGCGGUGGUCUAUCAUAACCGCUCUCCAGAUUUCCAUGAUGAGGUCAAAAUUAAGCUGCCAGCCUCCCUGAACGACCACCAUCACAUCCUGUUCACCUUCUACCACGUCAGCUGCCAACAGAAGCAAAACACUCCUCUGGAGACACCAGUUGGAUACACGUGGAUCCCGAUGCUGCAGAACGGACGUCUUCGAACAGGCCACUUCUGCCUGCCAGUGUCCCUGGAAAAACCACCGCAGUCUUAUUCUGUACUCUCUCCUGAUGUUCCUCUGCCUGGUAUGAAAUGGGUCGACAACCACAGGGGAGUGUUUAACGUUGAGGUCGUAUCCGUGUCCACUAUCCACACCCAGGACCAGUAUCUGGAUAAGUUCUUUGCGCUGGUGCACGCUCUGGACGAGCACAUGUUCCCAGUGAGGAUCGGAGAUAUGCGGAUCAUGGAGAACAGCCUGGAAGCAGAGCUGAAGGGCAGCAUAGCAGCUCUGAGCUCCUCUCAGCUGGAACCAGUGGUGCGCUUCCUCCACCUGCUGCUCGACAAGCUGGUGCUGUUGGUGGUGCGGCCGCCCGUCAUCGCCGGACAGAUCGUAAAUCUUGGCCAGGCUGCUUUCGAGGCGAUGGCAUCCAUAGUAAACCGUCUGCAUAAAUAUCUGGACACCAGCCAGGACAUGCACGGCCGCAACAGCCUCCUCUCUUCCUACAUUCACUACGUCUUCCGUCUGCCCAACAUGGACCCUAACUCUCCUUCCCCAGGUCCUGGAGGCCUGGGCGGCUCGGUGCACUAUGCCACGAUGGCUCGUUCUGCCAUCAGACCAGCCAGCCUCAACCUCAACCGCUCCCGUAGCCUUAGCAACAGUAACCCUGACAUCUCUGGCACGCCAACGUCUCCGGACGACGAAGUUCGUUCCAUUAUCGGCACUAAGGGCUUAGAUCGCUCCAACUCCUGGGUGCACACCAUGGGCUGCAAGAGUGGCCCCUGGGGGACCAGCCCUGGCUCGGCAUCCGAUACUGUGCAGGCCAUGGAUCGCAGUGGCAAUCGCAUGUCAUCGCACACUGAGAGCGCCAGUUUCUUGCAAACUUUAACAGGACGCUUGCCGACCAAAAAGCUCUUCCAUGAGGAACUGGCACUGCAGUGGGUGGUGAGCAGUGGCAGUGUGAGAGAAGGAGCUCUUCAACAGGCCUGGUUCUUCUUUGAGCUCAUGGUUAAAAGUAUAAUCCACCACUUGUACUUCGCCGACCGUCUGGAGUCUCCCAGGAAGAACCGUUUUCCUGAGCGCUUCAUGGAUGACAUCACAGCUCUGGUUAGCACCAUCGCAGGAGACAUCGUCUCACGCUUCCAAAAGGAUCUGGAGUUGGUGGAGAGGCUCAACACAAGCCUGGCCUUCUUCCUUAAUGACCUGCUGUCUGUCAUGGACAGGGGCUUCGUCUUCAGCCUCAUCAAGGCAUACUGGAAACAGGUGUCCACUAAGCUGUAUGCACUGCAGAACCCCACUCUGGAAUCUCUGAGGCUUGACUUCCUCAGGAUCGUGUGCAGCCACGAGCACUACGUCACGCUGAACCUGCCCUGCAGUCUGCUCACUCCUCCAGCCUCCCCCUCUCCCUCCGUCUCCUCCGCCACCUCACAGAGCUCUGGUUUCUCCACCCACGUGCAGGACCAGAAGAUUGCGAAUAUGUUCGAGUUGUCAGUACCCUUUAGAGAACAGCACUACCUGGCUGGUUUGGUUCUAACCGAACUCGCCGUCAUUCUGGACCCGGAAGCUGAUGGGAUGUUCGGCUUGCAUAAGAAGGUGAUCAGCGUGGUCCAUAACCUGCUGUCCAGUCAUGACUCGGACCCGCGCUAUGCCGACCCUGAGGUUAAAGCCAGGGUCGCCAUGCUGUACCUACCUCUCAUUGGCAUCAUCAUGGAGACCCUGUCCCAGCUCCAUGACUUCACAGAGUCUCAUAACCAGUGGGGUCGUCUUGGAAUAGAUGAACAGGAAGCUGAGGGCAAUAGCAUGAUCAGUCAGAGCGUAGCCAUGGCAAUAGCAGGGACCUCUGUUCCUCAGAUGUCGCGGCCUAGUAGCUUCCUGCUUAACCCACAGGCCACCCGUCAACACGGCACCUUCUCUCCCGAGUCCAGUCGCAGUCUGCUCAUCUGUCUGCUGUGGGUGCUGAAGAACGCAGACGAGCUGGUGCUGCAGAAGUGGUUCACUGACCUGUCUGUGUCUCAGCUCAACCGCCUGCUGGACAUGCUCUACCUCUGCGUCUCCUGCUUCGAGUACAAGGGAAAGAAGGCAUUUGAGCGCAUGAACAGUCUAACCUUUAAGAAGUCUAAAGACAUGAAGGCCAAGCUGGAGGAGGCUAUCCUGGGCAGUAUCGGAGCCAGGCAGGAGAUGGUGCGACGCAGCCGAGGACAGUUAGAACGGAGUCCAUCAGGCAGUGCGUUUGGCAGUCAAGAGAACCUGCGCUGGAGGAAGGACAUGACACACUGGCGCCAGAACAGUGAAAAGAUGGACAAAACCAGGGCAGAGCUGGAACACGAGGCACUAAUAGACGGCAAUCUGGCAACCGAGGCCAACCUCAUCAUCCUCGACACUCUGGAAAUCAUAGUGCAGACUGUAUCUGUGACCGAGUCGAAGGAAAGCAUUCUCGGAGGCGUCCUCAAAGUCCUGCUUCACAGCAUGGCAUGCAACCAGAGCGCCCUCUAUCUUCAGCACUGCUUCGCGACACAGAGAGCUCUUGUCUCAAAGUUCCCAGAGCUGCUGUUCGAGGAGGAGACGGAGCAGUGUGCUGAUCUGUGUCUGCGUCUGCUGAGGAACUGCAGCAGUAGCAUCGGUACCAUUAGGUCGCACGCCAGUGCCUCACUUUACCUGCUAAUGAGACAGAACUUUGAGAUUGGAAACAACUUUGCCAGAGUGAAAAUGCAGGUGACCAUGUCUCUGUCGUCCCUGGUUGGCACGUCUCAAAACUUUAACGAGGAGUUCCUGAGACGCUCGCUCAAAACCAUCCUGACCUACGCUGAGGAGGACCUGGAGCUCCGAGAGACCACAUUCCCUGACCAGGUUCAGGACCUGGUGUUUAACCUGCAUAUGAUUUUGUCAGACACAGUAAAGAUGAAGGAACAUCAAGAGGAUCCAGAGAUGCUUAUCGAUCUGAUGUACAGAAUCGCUAAGGGGUAUCAGACGUCCCCAGAUUUAAGGCUGACCUGGCUGCAGAACAUGGCAGGGAAGCACUCGGAGAGGAAUAACCACGCAGAGGCGGCUCAGUGUCUGGUCCACAGCGCCGCACUUGUAGCUGAAUAUCUCAGCAUGCUGGAGGAUCGCAAGUACCUGCCUGUGGGCUGUGUCACCUUCCAGAAUAUCUCAUCCAAUGUACUGGAGGAGUCUGCUGUGUCUGAUGAUGUCGUGUCUCCUGAUGAGGAAGGUAUCUGCUCGGGGAAAUAUUUCACAGAGGCCGGGCUGGUGGGGCUGUUAGAACAGGCUGCCGCCUCCUUCUCUAUGGCUGGCAUGUACGAGGCUGUGAACGAGGUCUACAAGGUGCUCAUCCCUAUUCAUGAAGCUAACAGGGAUGCAAAGAAGCUGGCCACCAUUCAUGGUAAACUGCAAGAGGCCUUUGGCAAAAUAGUGCACCAGGAUGGAAAGCGCAUGUUUGGUACUUACUUCCGAGUGGGAUUUUAUGGUUCUAAAUUUGGCGACUUGGACGAGCAGGAGUUUGUGUACAAAGAGCCGGCGAUCACCAAGCUGGCUGAAAUCUCACAUCGGCUUGAGGGAUUCUAUGGGGAGAGAUUUGGGGAGGAUCAAGUUGAAGUCAUUAAGGACUCGAAUCCAGUGGACAAAUGUAAACUGGAUCCAAAUAAGGCUUUCGUUCAGAUCACUUACGUGGAACCGUACUUUGACACGUACGAGAUGAAGGACCGCAUCACGUAUUUCGACAAGAACUACAACCUGCGCCGCUUCGUGUACUGCACGCCGUUCACGCUAGAUGGCCGCGCACACGGAGACCUGCACGAGCAGUACAAACGCAAGACCAUUCUCACCACCAGCCACGCCUUUCCCUACAUCAAAACCCGCAUCAACAUCAUUCACAAGGAGGAGAUCAUCUCCAUGCCUAUUGAGGUGGCCAUUGAGGACAUGCAGAAGAAGACACAGGAACUGGCCUUCGCUACUCACCAGGAUCCAGCUGAUGCCAAGAUGUUACAGAUGGUGCUGCAGGGGUCUGUGGGUACCACAGUUAACCAGGGCCCACUUGAGGUCGCUCAGGUCUUCCUGUCUGAAAUUCCAAGUGAUCCUAAACUCUACAGACACCACAAUAAGCUGAGACUCUGCUUUAAAGACUUCACCAAACGGUGCGAAGACGCCCUCCGCAAAAAUAAGAGUUUGAUAGGUCCUGACCAAAAGGAAUAUCAGCGGGAGCUGGAGAGAAAUUACCACAGGCUGAAGGAGGCUCUUCAGCCGCUCAUUAACAGGAAGAUCCCACAGCUCUACAAACCUGUGCUCCAGGUCAGCUCUCACAGAGACUCCUUUAGCAGAAUGAGCCUCCGUAAGCUCGACGUGUGAGGAAGACGAGAUGAUGGAAAGAACAGCAUUUAAUUUAUUUGCUUGUAAAUAUUCGACUCUUCUUGGGGAGGAAAGGAGGAAAGCGAAAACAAGUGUUAUGGUAGUGUCAUUCCACUUUUGUAUGGGUUUACAGAGACAACCUGUUACACUCUCUCGGCGUGUGUCAAAACUCUAUUUAAUAUAUUGUGUGCACUUUUUUUAUUACCGUGUCAGGCAUUUUAUCACAAAUGGUACGACUUUGAAAGUUUACUAUUUAAUCCGAAUGAAAAGCAAGCAAAAAAAAAAAAAAAAACGUACCAUUAUUUAUCAUGGAUUUUUUUUCUCCCCUUUUUUUUUGUUACAUUUGAGUAAUGUUAUGUAGCUUUUAUUUACCUUGAAUAUUUUACUAAAUAAAUAUUUUAAUGCACAAUGUCAAACAGAUUGGUUAAUUGAUGAUAAGAGCACAAGUUGACUUUUAAUAUGCUGGUGUUUAAUGGGUGUACAAGAACAUUUACAAAAAGGCACAAACAUAGAAAAGUCUGUAAACAACGGAGAA